AUGUCAUUAAUGCUAAGACCAAUAAUUGAUCAGUUAAAAUAUUUAGAAACACCACAAUAUUAUCGCAUUUGUGCAUUAAAUGAUCAAUUUCAAUAUUUAAACAUCUAUUUGUUAGCUACAUCAAAUGAUAAACCCGCAAAUUGUAUGAUUCAAAUGACACCAGAACCAACAGGUGAAUAUGGGUGUUCCAAAUGCGAAAUUGAUGGAACAACAGAAUAUUCAAACAAAAUAAAUCCAGAAACAUCGAAUUUAACGCCAGCCCAAUUAAAAAAUCGUCGAUAUACACAUAAAAUACGUAUCUUUUCAACAGCAGAAAUGAAUAAAUGGCCAACCAAAAGGACAACUGAACGUUAUUUAUAUUACUUAAAAAUAUACAAUGACUUAUUGUCUAAACAACCACUACCAAGUCAAGCUAAAGUAGUUCAUGAAACUCAUGGUUAUAUUGGUGAAUGUUUAUUGUUAGAAUUAGAACAUUUCGAUUAUUCUACUGGUUUUUUAAUUGAUACCUUGCAUUCAGUGUUUCAUGGAGUUUGGAAACGACUUCUUCGUUUAUGGUUCGCCAAAGAAAGUAAAAACGAACCAUAUUCAUUGUUUUAUAUGUCAAAAGAAAUUGACGAAGAACUAAACUACUUGCGUUAUCCAUCGACAACAACACGAGUACCGACAACAAUAAUAAAAUAUGCAAGGAUGAAAGCAAAUGAGUUAAGAGUGGCAUUAUUUACAGGUAUGCCAAUAUUAAAACACUAUUUACCAGAACAAUAUUAUCGUCAUGCACAACUAUUAACAUGUUCAAUAUUUGUAUCAGAAAAUCGCGAAAUAUCAACAACAGCUGUUGACAUCAUACGUGAAUGUAUGGAAACGUUUAUUGAUUAUUUCGGUUAUUAUUAUGGAAAACGGAAUGUUGUUCAAACAGUUCAUUGUGUUUUACAUUUACCAGAUACUGUGCAUGAGUUUGGUCCGGUUUAUUCAUAUAGACAAAUUGCAAACACAUUACAUGGAUGUCGUCAACAACCACAAGAAAUGGCAAAUAGUUUAAAUCUUAUUAAACUAACAUCAAUAUUGGCAAAUACGCAUUGUUUAAAUUCGAAUUUAUUUGAUUGUAUCAGCUAUUUACAAGGACUCACCAACUCACUAUCCGUUAAUGUCCUGGUACCAUCAAAACAAUCGAAAGUAACACCAACGGACAAGAAUAAAUUUGACGAAAUGUUUGGUAAAGAUGAAUAUGUAUUGUAUAAGAAGUUGGUAGUCAAUAAUGUCACUUAUGUCACGAAUGAUGCGACAAAAUCCAAAACAUUUGCUGAUGCAGCAAUAUUAUUUAAAACACAUGAAACAAACAGAUACGGAAUAAUCACCAAAAUAAUAUUUGUGAAACAAACAAAUGAAUAUCGUUUACAAAUCGUCGAAUUAGAAAACUUGCAUUUCGAAAAAAUUUACAAUACGAAUAAUCGUAUAUAUGAUUUAGAAAACAUCAUUUAUGGACAACUUGAUAUGGACAGACAUCAUCGAUACAUAAAGCCACAAAACGUUGUCGAAAAAGUAUGCUACUAUUAUCGUGGUAAUGUAUGUUAUUUUGUUAGAUUUCCAAAUUUAGUGGAAUCCAGUUAA